UCCACGGCCAGACAUUAACUUGUCUGAGCCCAUUGCACGCUUGCUCGCCAUGAAGCCACCGAAUCUACGGCCUUGGCUUCCCACUUCAGCUCUUAAAAGGCGUCCAGCUCUUCGCCGCCCAUACGCCAUUCAAUCCCCCGGCGCGCCCACUCUCCAAAUCUUCAACGAAAACGUCAAAUACCUCCAGAAAGAACGAGCGGCUUCAAAUCACGAACACAGCCGCAAAACGGACUAUCUGAAGGAUGAGGUCGCUCAGCGCCUCGUCGACCGUCUGCUUGACAUCAACAGGCAAUUCCCACGAGUCCUUGACCUCGGCGCGAACAGCUGCAACAUCGCCCGCGCACUGUCGAAACCACCACUCAUUGCACCUGAGAUUCCGGAGGGCAAGGAUGAAGCCAAAAUCCCACUGUCUGAACGUGUGCAACAUCUCGUGUGCGUAGAAACCUCUCCGACGACCCUGCACCGCGACGAUGCACUUCCUGCCCCAGAGGUCCCUAUCACACAAACCAUAUUGCCUACUCUCGAGACACUACCUUAUGAUGCGGACAGCUUCGACGCGGUAAUAUCAUCGCUCUCGUUGCACUGGAUAAACGACCUCCCCUCCGUCCUAUCGAGUAUAAACAACAUUCUCAAACCUGACGCUCCUUUCUUGGCUGCCAUGUUCGGGGGAGAUACACUCUUCGAACUACGUUCAUCAUUGCAACUAGCUGAUCUUGAGCGGAGAGGUGGUGUGUCUCCACAUAUAUCACCCCUGGCAGAUGUGCGAGAUGUAGGGAAUCUACUCAAUCGAGCCGGCUUCAGGCUCCUGACCGUCGACGUGGAUGAUAUUGUGGUGGAAUACCCGGAUACAUUCUCUCUGAUGACGGACAUACAAGCCAUGGGCGAAGGGAAUGCGAUCCUCAAGUCUAUGGGCGGACCUAUGAGCCGGGACGUUCUGUUGGCGAAUGAGGCCAUAUACAGAGAAUUGCAUUGUCGGGAGGAUGAGAAGGAUAGAAUACCGGCCACAUUCAGGGUCAUUUACAUGAUUGGGUGGAAGGCUGGAGCAGGGCAACCAGAGCCCCUGGAGAGAGGAAGCGGGAAAGUCAACAUCAAGGACAUACUCGGCGGUGGAGACUUCAGUCGAUAGCAAGGCCGGCUGAGAUUUCUCAAAAAGAAACAUAGAGCCUGCCAGAGCUUCGCCCCUGCUUGUAAAGCUCAGAAAUGGGAAACGAGAAUGCGUGAUGUGAAACUGUUGAAUUUUGCAUUGCUUGGUAUCUGCACUGACGUUCAACCUAGACACAAUGCAACCUCUGCAUGCUU